AUGCUGUCCUCUGAGUUUGGGCUCCUCGUCGCAACAGCAGCCGUCUUUCUAGCCACGGGUCAUGCCGAAGAAAGGUGUGUGGGACCCGUAGGCCCCCAAGGACCUCCUGGAAGAAGUGGGCCUCCUGGUCCAGUAGGACCACAGGGUGAAAGAGGAGAUCCGGGACAACCAGGCCUGUCGGCAUAUGAGGACCCUGAACGGCGAAACAAGCUCUGGGGACUGGAACACAGAAUCACCCGGUUGGAAAGAGCCUUGGCUUUGAACGGAAAGAUCGCCAUCGUCGGCGAGAAGCUGUUCGCCAGCACGGAGAAACCCGAUGAUUUCGAUAACACAGUAAGAAUCUGCAAAGCAGCUCACGGCUCCAUCGCCACUCCACGGGACAGGAAGGAGAAUGACGCCGUGAUGAGUUUCGUGUCUACGUUCAACACGUACGCCUAUCUGGGCAUCACAGAAGGGCACGUCCCUGGGGAGUUCCUGUUCCUGAACGGGGCUCCUUUGAAUUACACCAACUGGUAUGAGGGCGAGCCGAAGGGGAAAGGGGCAGAGAAAUGUGUGGAGAUGUACCUGGACGGUACUUGGAAUGACAAAAUAUGCAGCAAGUCCCGCCUCACUGUCUGUGAAUUUUAA